AUGGCAGAGGAAAGUUUUGUUAAAUCACAGUUGGCUGCGUUCUGCAAGGCGUUAAACAAAGUCGAAGCACCGCUCAAACAAAAACAUGUUAGGGCAUUGGUUGUUGGAACGCACAAACUCCGCUCUUCUCGUAUUUUUUGGCAUUCAGUUUCACGUAUUCAAUUAGAAAAGAAUCCUGUCUUGACUUGGAAAUUUUGUCAAUUACUUCAUAAAUUAAUUCAUGAUGGACACAGGAAAAUAACAGAAGAAAGUGUUGGGCAUGUUUCUCGUUUAAAUCAAUUGGGCAAUUUUUGGCAACAUUUGAGAAGUUCUGGUUAUGGACAGGCCAAUACAUGUUAUUGUAAAUUACUUGUUAGCAGACUCCAAUUCCAUAAAAAGUACCCAAGUAUUCCUGGCAAUUUGAAUUUAAAUCAACGACAGCUGGACACACUUUGUUCUGAUAUAAAUGAAACUUAUGAAUUAGCUAUCGAUAUGUUGGACCAGAUGGAUGAACUGUUGAAUUUGAAAGCUACUAUAAUGUCAAUAAUGGAUUCUAUGCGUUGGAGUUCUCUUGUUCCACAAGGCCAAUGUUUAUUGGCCCCAUUAAUUUUGGUUAUUCUUGAUACUUCCAAAUUUUACGAUUUUUUGGUCAAAGCCCAUUUUAAACUUCACAAAAGUUUGCCAGCCGAUACUUUAGUUGGACAUAGAGAACGUUUUUAUGAUUUAUUUAGACGAACAAAAAAGUUUUAUGAAGAGACUGCAAAUUUGCAAUAUUUUAAAUAUUUGGUACAAAUUCCGACUUUGCCAUCGAUUGCUCCAAAUUUCCAACAAGCAUCUGAAUUGGAGGAUUAUAGAGCUCCCCAAGCUUAUUUGCAUGCUGGUACGACUUCAGAAAAUGGUGAUCAAUCGCCGCCAGAUUCGCAGUCUGUUUGUGAUGAGCAAAUAAGCAGCAUAAUUGACAUUUCUCUGCCUCAAAUGGACAAUAUUUCAAUGAUGGGGGAUUCUAUUGCUUCAUCCACCUUACCUCCGUCUACUUCAAAUAAUGCUGGUGCUCAACCAAUUUUCGAUCCAAAAGAUGAAAUUAUUGCUCGUUUACGACUUGAUAUUGAUGCUGAAAGGGAUGUAAAGGAAAAAUUAUUUGAAGAAUGCAAAAAUCGAAUAGAACAAUACGAAGCUAGAUUACUCCAUAUGAACCAAGAAAUUGAUUUGCACAAAGAAGCUACUGAAGAAAAAACAAAAGAAUUGGAAGAAUUACGUGUAUUGAGUACAACUUUGGGUCAAGAACGUCAACAAACUUCAGAGGAGAGUAAACGAAAAGUUGAUGAAACUGAACAUAAAUUUGCAAAAUUAAAAGGAGCUUAUCAACAAAUACGUGAAGAUCAUAUUAAGGCUCUCACAGAGAUUCGCGAUUUGCGGGCUAAAAUAGAUUCGAAUGUUAAAGCAUCAGAUACAAAAAAUGAGGAAUUGACUCAAUUAAAAGCUAAAAUGGAGCAAGAUGGACUUGAACGGGAAUUUUUUGAAUCUCAGGCCAAAACACUUCAAGAAAGUAUACAAAUAAAAGGACAAAAAUUGAUUGAAUGUCAAACAAAAAUUGAACAAUUAGAAUCUCAUCUGGAAGAAUUUGAAGAUGUUUUGGGUAAAUUCAAGGUGGAAUCAGCAGAAAAAUUGAAAAUUGCGGAAGAGGAGAAAUUAAAAAUUGGAAAUGAAUUUUUAGAUUGUAUAACUUCUUUUGCAUUGAAUUUAAUGGAACAAACUAGUGAGGAUUCUCAAAAUGCUACUUCAAUUUCUUAUCCACCACAUUUGGCAACUUCAAAACUUAAAUCAUUUAUUGAACAAAAAGAAUUUAUUAAUUCAAUGUUUAAUAAUAACAACAAUUCAAAGAAUGAAUUCUACAAAAGUAUUUUACUUAUUGCCCAGAAUAUGUCAGAUAUUUUAUUGGUUUGCCCAUCUGCUGCAUAUACAGCAUCUAUUCAACAUUUUGAAGAAGUAAACGAACAAUGUCGUCAAAUUCAACAAUUAUCUUCCACAUUCAUUAAAGAAAAGAAUUUGGAAUCUUUAAAUGAAAUAUGGAAAGAAUUGGAAAAUUUAGAAAAUUUAAUGUUGGGAUUACCUAAAGAAAAUGUUGAUUUAGAUGUUAAUACAGUUGGUAAACAAUUGGAAGAAGAAAUGAAUUGUAUGACUGAAGCUAUAGCUGCUGCUGUUGAACAUAUUAAUGAAUUACAAAAGAAAAGUCGUGAAACAAAUAUUGGAAUAAAAUUGGAAGUAAAUGACAAAAUAUUAAAUUCUUGUAAUGAAUUAAUGGGUGCUGUUAGAGAAUUGGUAAUAAAAAGUAAAGAAGUUCAAGAAGAAAUUGUUUCUAAUGGAAGAGGGCAAGCUACCCCUAUUGAAUUUUAUAAAAGAAAUCAUUUGUGGACUGAAGGUUUAAUUUCUGCUGGUAGAGCUGUUGGUGUUACUGCAACUGAAUUAGUGAAAUCAGCAGACAAAUUAAUAAUGGAAAAAGGUGGCAAAUUUGAACAUUUGAUAGUUUCUGCUGGUUCUGUUGGUGCUAGUGUUGCCCAACUUUUUGUUUCUUCACGUGUAAAGGCAGAUAAAAAUUCUCAAAAAUUGGUUGGACUUGGAAAAGCUUCAAAAGAUGUAAAUAAAUGUACAGCAAAUUUAGUUGGAAUUGUUAAACAAGGACAACAAUCACUUGGGGAAGAAAAAUUACUCGAUUUUUCAAAUCUUUCAUUGCAUGAAACUAAAAAGGAGGAAAUGGAGUCACAAGUGCGUGUUCUUGAAUUGGAAGCGGAAUUGUCUAGGGAAAGGCUUCGAUUCGCAGCAUUGCGAAAGCAACAUUUUCAUAUUGCUCAGUUAGUCUCUAAUAACCAGGAAAAUGGAGGUGGUAAUGGAGAGACUGACACCUCACCACCUGAGUCUUGA